GCGUGGGGCGAUCCACAGCGGAGCCACGCGAGGCCGCCCGAGCCCGGCCUCAAGCCCCGCGCCCCCAGCGCCGAGCCCCGAGCCCCGAGUGAGCGAGCGCAGCCUCCGCGGUCGCCGCCGCCUCGCGCCAGCGGGUCCCGGGACUCGCCGCGCCUGGAAGGCAGCCGGCGCCCAGCAAGUUGAGAGCGCGCCUAUCCGCCCCGGCAAAGUUUCCCCCGCGGCCGCCGGCGGGAGUUGGCGCGGGGUCCGGCCGCUGCAGCUGGAAGAGUGUCUUCUGAAGCCACCAUCAGAGAGAGACGUCAAGAGAAUCCUGCCACCCCUGAAAGAAAAGACCAGUUGAAAGAGGUGGGCAUCUCCUGGACAGCACGGAGCUUGCAGUGGCAAGAGCUACUGGCACUGUCGUCAAAGCGACGUGAACCCUUUGAAUUUGGCUUCUAGAAACGCGGACACAAGCCUUUUCCAGACGCCAGCCACUGAGGACAAGCCGGGCCAAUAACAGAAUUAUACAGCAGCCCCUCUGACCAGGAGACUCUGUCCUGCUGACGCCGAAAGCACUGCCCAGGUGGAGCCAUGGAAGGUGACUGUCUGAGCUGCAUGAAGUACCUGAUGUUUGUUUUCAAUUUCUUCAUAUUUCUGGGCGGGGCCUGUCUGCUGGGCAUCGGCAUCUGGGUCAUGGUGGAUCCCACUGGCUUCCGAGAGAUCGUGGCUGCCAACCCCUUGCUCAUCACGGGCGUCUACAUCCUCCUGGCCAUGGGGGGCCUGCUUUUCCUGCUGGGCUUCCUGGGCUGCUGCGGGGCCAUCCGGGAGAACAAGUGUCUGCUGCUGUUUUUCUUCUUGUUCAUCCUGAUCAUCUUCCUGGCAGAGCUCUCGGCGGCCAUCCUGGCCUUUAUCUUCAGGGAAAAUCUCACCCGGGAAUUCUUCACCAAGGAGCUCACCAAGCAUUAUCAGGGCAACAACGACACAGACGUCUUCUCUGCCACCUGGAACUCGGUCAUGAUCACAUUUGGUUGCUGCGGGGUCAACGGGCCUGAAGACUUCAAGUUGGCAUCCAUUUUCCGACUCCUGACUUUGGACAGCGACGAGGUGCCCGAGGCCUGCUGCCGGAGAGAACCGCAGACCCGGGACGGGGUCCUGCUGAGCAGGGAGGACUGCCUCCUGGGAAGGGACUUGUUCCUGAACAAGCAGGGCUGUUACACAGUGAUCCUCAACGCCUUCGAAACCUACGUCUACCUGGCCGGAGCCCUCGCCAUAGGGGUGCUGGCCAUCGAGCUUUUCGCCAUGAUCUUCGCCAUGUGCCUCUUCCGGGGCAUCCAGUAGAGGGCGUGGCCUGGAGCCUGAGGAGUCGCCCUGCCCACCACUGCCCAGUCAGUACCCAGGCCCUCCUCCCCCCGGCACCUCUGCUCCUGGGUCCAGGGGUAGGAGGUGAGGCCAUUGUGAGUGGCCAGGAGAAGGGCCAGGGGAAAAUAGCUAUUUUUUUAACAAAACAAAAUGACGGAAAUAUGGACUGAUGUGCCCCGCCUGGAUUCCGGGGUGGGGCCGUGGGCUCUGCACCCAGGCUGCCGUCUGCACUAGAGACCAAAGGAACACCGUGCCCGGCCCCCUCCUCGGCCCCACCGGACUCCCGCAGCCCUGGGCUGGGCCCUCUCCUCACGGCCUCGGGAUCUGGUGCCAAGAAAGUGAGGAUUUAGGCAACAAGGAGGCAGAAGCAAAUCUGGGGGAGAGGUGGGCAGAGCCCAGGGGCCCACGGACUCUGGGUCACCACGUCCUUGAGAACCUGGCACCUCCUCGCAGCCCCUCGUCCGGUCGAUGGAGCUGUCCCUGCUCCUGCUCCGGCCAACAGUGGGCUGCGGACACUGGACCCGAGAACGGCCCAGCUGGCGGGGUCCUCGCUCUCCCCAGCUGUUGGACCGAGUAUCUGGGAGGCCCAGAGUAUCAUCACCCACGGUCACACCGCACAGGCGUGACAUUCUGAACAAGAACUGGGUGGUCUCCGGGGCUGUCGGUCCAGCAGAGCUGCUCACCUCCCUCCCGGGCCCCGGCAUCAUAGUUUCCCCAGAAGAGACAGGGCAGCUGGCCAGGAACUGCCUCUUCCCAGUUCCACUGCUAAGAUGAUUCUAGACUCUCCCUGCCCCACUCCCCAUCCCCACUGUUUGCCUUCCCAACUCCCCACCUUCUAAGCCCCCAGGAACACACACACACACACACACACACACACACACACACACACACACGUACACACACCAGAGUCCCUUUUCCACGCUGCCUGUCUCUGCUCACAAGCCUAUCACUUCCCUGUUCUCCACCAACUCCCUGGCUCCCAGCACUGGAAGGAGCCCCCAAGAUCACCCGGUUCUUCUCUCCCCACCCAGAACUGUAGCUUGGAUAUCUUCUGCAAGAUCUCUGCCAGACAUCUCCACCCUCUUCUUGCACACCUCCAGGGACGGGGACCUCACUACCUCCCAGGACAGCAUUCUGCCUUUCGACGGCUGACUUCAGACUUCCCUUUUUCUGUGGUUCUGCCCAAGGCUCUCUCACCUUUCCAGAGUGUUAAGGCCGCACACUGUCUCCCCCUGCACCCCGUUAUCACCAGGCUAAAGAAUUCUAAGGCAUCUCAUCAUUUCUGUUGUGACCGUUUCCUACCCCCUCACCGUCCACAGCACAUUUCUGAGUGCUCCCUCCAGGCUCAGGCAGGAAGAGGUCUUCCCACAGACUCACUGACACUCACACAGCUCCCACAGAUCAGCCCCUCAGAACACAGACCUCAGGUUCUAGACCAGUGCUGGCAACUGGAUUACAAGAUGCCUCAGCCCUGCUGAGUCAGGAGUGGCUGGUGGAGGCUGUGCAGAGGAUCUGAGGUUUGGCCUGGGCUUGGUGGGAGAGGGCAGUAUAAUCCCGAUUAUAUAAUCCUGAUUGGUGAUGUCGGUCCCAGGCGUGGGAAUGGGAAGGGUAGCAUGAUGCCUGCCUUCCCCUCCUCUCCACUGUCCCUUCGGGGGCUGGGACAAGCCCUGUCGGUCUCCCAGGCCCUGUGCCAGCUUCCAGCCUCCCCUGCUUCCCAACGACUGGGGGGGAGAGCUGCGGCCAGGCGCCCCGUGCUCCCCUGCCCUGCCCCGUGCUCCCCUGCCCCCUUCUGAGCUACACCAGAGCUCUGUGCCUGCUGUAGCGAUUUGGUUAGACCUUUCUCCCAACUCUCCCUUCCCCCUCCCACCCGUCCUCUCCGCCUGGGUCUUCCCCUGUACCAACCUGCCCUGGCAAUCCCAUGAUGCCACGAGCUCCCUAGCAACUGGGCAUCCCAGGAUCCAGGGGCCCCACAGCUGGUACCCCAGCCCAGCCUGACAAGGGCCUGGGGCCUGCCCCUCCAGAUCCACCUACCACUCAUACACAGCCUCCUGGAAAAGGCAGGUGUCUGGUCUGAGGUUGACAAAAAAAAAAAAAAGAGAGAAA